UGCUAGAAUGUUACGUAUUGACAUUUGAUGGCAAAUUAUUUUAAAUUAACUUCGCACAAUCAUAAUUUGGUGCAUAGCUGUCAUAGAUGUUUUGUUGAGCCGGGCAAAGGGUUAGAAAUGACCCAGGCAGCGCCAAUACCUUCGGUGCCCGCCCAGGUCUAUGGUGACCUGGUCAAGGAGCCUGUCAGUAGCGUGGUGGCAGAAGUAUUGGAGCCUUGUCAGAGUUCUGAGGAGGCGCCACCGUCGCUACUAGAUGACUUGACCUCUGUGGAACACUUAAUGAUUACAAAGCGGCUGCGGGUAAAGAGCGUUUUGUUCCUGAGAGGCAAAAGGAAUCGCUUUCAUGUACGCACGCCUGACAGGAACCUUGUUUACACCGUGGAGGAGGAGAACAGCUGGUGGGUUGGCUACUUCUGCUACGGUCUGCGUCCCCUCCAACUGCGCGUGUGCAACGGCGAAGGCGCUGAAGUGCUGCGCGUUCUCCGGCCUUACGCCUGCACGCCGCGCGUCCUGCCCUGCCAGCUGCAAAACCUUCAAGUCUUCAGUCCACCUGGUCAUCUGAUAGGCACCAUCGAACAACAAUGGGCAGCUGUCAGACCUGUCUAUCUAAUUAAAAACGAGAAUGGCGAAGAGUUGUUUUGGAUACGCGGUCCGUUCAUUACGCUAAGCCUGUUCCGUGAUGUAGAGUUUGGAAUUGCUCGCGCGGACGGUGUUCCUGUGGGCAGUACUUGCAAGCGCUGGCAAGGUCUCAUGCACGCUAUGUUCUUUGCACCAAUCACUGACAGAUUCAACGUGGAGUUUGAUCGAAGCUUGUCCGUGGAAGAGAAAGCUCUGCUGUUGGCCGCGACUCUGCUCAUAGAUUACAUGUACUAUGAUGUUUGAUAUAAAUUAUUGAUUUAUAUUAUUGCUAUUACUAUAAA